UGCGGAGCUGCUGUGGCGAUGUAACAUGCGCAUGGAGUCGUGUACUACUGCAUGUGGUAUCAUCCGUUGCAUUGCGGAUCUCUUUUUUGCGUUGUCAGAAUUAACACACAGUUAUUCUUGAUCAAGAGUCUAAAUCAAUAAUGACUGACUCGAGUCUUGACGACUUUUUUGCCAAAAAAGACAAAAGCAAGAAAAAAACGAAAUCUAAACUUUCGUCGACAGACGUCUUAGCAAAGCCGGAUGAGACCCCGAGGAAAGCAAAGAAAAAGAAAGACAAAGAGCAACCAGGAGGUCCAGGGUUGUCGUCUGUACCGCAAGGAACUUUAAAAAAAGAGGAGGAAGAUGAAGAAUGGAAAGAUUUUGAGGAGGAAAAAAAGGUGGAUUACUCCGGCCUUCGAAUUCAAACUCUUCAAAUCAGCAAAGAUGAAGAAGAAAGAGAAGGGGGAGAGUCGGAUGAAGAUGACGGUGAGGAGGGUGAUGAUCGCCGUGAAGGAGCCUCAGGGCCUUGGAACAAGAGUGCAGCACCUGGCACUCCCUCAAAUGCUUCAGCCUUCUCCCAAGAAUCAGAGGAUAAAAAGGAAGGUGCUGCUGGCAAAAAGUAUGUUCCACCAGCUCAAAGAACAGCAACACCAGCAAACCCUCCUCGGCGCAAGAAGGAGGCUCCAAACAUCUCAAGUGAAAUUGACUUUCCAUCUCUUGGUGGAUACCAGCCACCCACUGCUUCUGCCUGGGGCUCAAAGUCCAAGUUCGAAACAAGUGGCACUGGUGAUGUGGAAACAAAUCCUGACCACAGAAGAGGAGUCAACCUGACCUUAGAAAAUAAAUUUUCUGCUUUGCAAGAUUGAACAUUCUCUAUUACUGACCUCCCCUGAGACCUCAGUUGUGUGCUUCAACAGGAAAUGUUUUCUGACAUGAAACAUGGCAGUUCCAUCCCUAGUCUAAUGGCAUCUGUAUUUUUUGUAUCUUAUUCUAUGGAGGCUUUUUAAAAGUGUUGGAUGAUCUCUCAAUGUGCAAUUGAUGAAAUCAGUUCACAUUCCUUUAUGAGGUGACAGAGACCACUUGAAAAAUGGGGGGGAAUGCAAAUUUCCAACUGAACAGCACAUUAUAAGAGAGACUGACAGUAUUUAGUGAUCAUUAUUUUGUUGUAGGCUGGCAUGGUGAAUUGUGAUGAGAGCAUCAAUUUUAAUAAUCGGUCCAGUUUAUUUCAUCAAACAUCCUUGCAUCUUGGUUUGUGGGCAUGUUAAAAUGUAUGUUUUUUUUCUGUCAGCUGAACUCUUUUAUGUGAUUAGUCUUUCACAGUCGAUAGGAAAGAAAAGUUGAACGAACAUUUCUGGUUGCCUACAUGCUGUAUGUGUGAUGUCUAGUAGGUAGUUUUUCUUUGUAAUGUAUUUGUAUGCGUGCAUGCCAAUGUUACACUACAAUGCAUAUAUUCUAGGGUACUGACAUGGGAGGAGGAUGGCAUGGCAUUUUUGGUUGAUAAGUUACAUAAAAAAAUAAUGAUCAGCUCCACUAUUAUGGAAAAGAAUCAUUUUCACAAUAACAGUACGCUGAACCUGUGGGUUUUACUGUGUAAUGCUGACUGCAAUUGCAUCAACAAGCAGUGACUGGAGCCAUUGUGUAAAGAAUAUAACUGAAGUUUUUAUCAUCUGUUUUCCUUUUGCUAAUUAUAGAAAUUUUUGUAGGCGUGUGCACUUUCAAGGUUGUCAAAUUUUUUUCCAGAGUCAAUGUAAUAGCCUAAACAAUAAAUUUAUGGAUAAGACUACACUCUUAAAGUUUGUGUACAGCAAUUUAUAUUAGUAAGGAAUGAAUCGAUUUCUUUCAAUUUGUGUUGACAACAAAACUGAAACAUCUUUGCUUUUAAAUACAAUGUUACAGCCAA